UAUCUGUUUGCCCAUCACAUUUCCACCUGAUCUUCUAGACGUUACCCGCUAUCUUCCCUCUGUCUUUCUCUUCAGUCUUCAAUGGAGACGCCAUUAAUGGACCUUUCUUCCCACAGCCCAUUUUUCACCCCCAAGAAUCAUUCCUUAUACCAUUUUUACCCUUCAAAAAUAACCAUUCCUACCCUCUGUUGUCCCAAUAACCCCACCACUUCCCUUCGCCGGUUUUGCGCCGAUACGACGCCGCCUGAAGACAUUCACGCAGCAGCUUCAGAUUCGGCCCCUGAAAGAACCCAGAACCGCCGCAGGAUAGUCCGAUUAGCGUGGGAGAAGUUGGUCCGAUGGUCCAGGUCUUGGCGGUUCAAGGCCAGGACCGAUGUUCUUGAGCGUACGAACAAGGUGGCUGUGCUUGGAGGGGGAUCUUUUGGUACAGCAAUGGCUGCCCAUAUUGCUGGUAGAAAGCCCCAAUUGGAAGUCAACAUGCUUCUUCGUGAUCCUCAAGUAUGCCAGUCAAUUAAUGAUACCCACUACAAUUGUAAGUACUUCCCAACGCACAAGCUACCAGUAAAUGUUAUUGCUACAACUGAUGCCAAAGCUGCUUUGCUAGGUGCUGAUUUCUGUUUUCACGCUGUACCUGUGCAGUUCAGCUCAUCGUUUCUUGAGAGCAUUGCUGAUCAUGUUGAUCCACACGUGCCAUUCAUAUCCCUAAGCAAAGGGCUGGAACUUAAUACCUUGAGGAUGAUGUCUCAGAUUAUACCACAAGCACUCAGUAACCCUCGACAACCUUUUAUUGCUCUUUCAGGACCUUCAUUUGCUUCAGAAAUAAUGAAUAAAUUGCCAACAGCAAUGGUAGUGGCAUCAAAGGACAAAAAAUUGGCAAAUGCAGCCCAACAACUGCUAGCUUCUAGUUAUCUAAGAAUAAGCACUUCAAGUGAUGUCACAGGGGUGGAGAUUGCAGGUGCACUAAAGAAUGUGCUUGCAAUAGCAGCAGGAAUUGUUGAGGGGAUGAAUCUUGGUAACAACUCUAUGGCAGCUCUUGUAGCACAAGGGUGUUCUGAGAUCCGUUGGCUGGCAACAAAGAUGGGAGCGAAGCCAACGACAAUUACCGGUCUCUCGGGCACAGGGGACAUUAUGCUUACAUGUUUUGUCAACCUCUCCCGAAACCGAACUGUUGGAGUACGACUAGGAUCUGGCGAGAAUCUGGAUGAUAUAUUGAGCUCCAUGAAUCAGGUUGCAGAAGGUGUAUCAACUGCAGGGGCUGUAAUCGCAUUGGCUCAGAAGUAUAAUGUAAAGAUGCCAGUUUUGACAGCGGUGGCCCGGAUCAUUGACAACGAGCUAACGCCACAAAAAGCGGUUCUUGAAUUGAUGGGGCUUCCUCAGGUGGAAGAGGUCUGAAACCUGAGGGGCUCCACAGAUACUUGCAUCAUAAUCACAGAACUUUUGUGGCAUGAAACCUUGCCAGCAACUAUUUUUACCACGAUAUUAUGAUAUCGAAAAAUUUUAUUUGUCGAAGGAUUCUUCGCUAAUUUUUGGGAGAUCAGAAGUUGUUAUGUCAAACCUGCCAGUUGAUAUGAACAUUUGAGCAUUUUGAUUCUUAUAAAUUGAAUUCAAUGAUUUUGUUCUUGUAAA